AUGUUAUAUCGGAUAAUUCUAAUGGCAAGCUCAUUACCAGGAAUGAUCGAAGCGUUAGGAUGCAUUAUAAGUGGAAAACACGCAAUGAACGGGCAAGUCGGUGGUUCCUCAGAAUCGAAGCACAUUUGUCGCAAAUCCAGCAAAUAUUGCAUCAAAGUGCAAUCCGAAUUCAUUAUUAAUGGCGGUACGAAUGUUUAUAUUUUUUAUUAA